UUUCAAUCUAUUUUUAUUGUUUUUUGGCUCGUUGGUGAUUUUACUUGUUGCUAUGUGCAGAGUUAUUAAUUAAAAAUUUUGAGAUUAUUUGUGUUGAUGGUUAAUUUAGCGUUGAUUCCCUGUUUGUUGAAAUGAUUUGCUUGAAUUAUGGUGUUUUCGUGGAGUUCCGGGAACUCUUCUGUAUAUAUGAUUUUGUAGAUAGGGUUGCAAUUGAUGCCCAUUUGUUCCCAUGAAUAGCAUGAGCCUGUUGGAUACUGAAGCCUCGUACAUGUGCUAGAUACAUGUGAUUGAAUUUGUGCUAACUGAAUUGUUUGAACAUUUGUCAAGGAAAGCCGAUUUUAAGUUUGAAUAUUUAAUCUCUCCUUUAUUUAGGAUGGAUAAGAGUUGGAUACUGAAGCCUCGUACUACACUUGAAUAUAAGAAAGGGCUACAAAUAUUUUUAGACUUUGCAUUUUCUAAUGUGUCAUCUGAUAAUAGGAUUAAGUGUCCUUGUUCUAGUUGUGGGUUUAGACUAUAUCAGACAAGAGCAGAUGUGUUCGAUCAUCUAUUGUUCAACCCUUUUUCGACAAGUUACACUGUUUGGUUAUUACAUGGUGAGAAGGAUGUAGGAGAAACUUCAACCACUAGACAUGAAAGUCAACAUAUUGACGCUCGUGAUAAUCCAAUGCAAGACAUGGUUAAUGAUGUUUUCAAUUUCUAUGGACAACCUGCAAACCAAGAACAUGUCACAUCGCAUGGACCAGUAACCGAAGGCGAAAAUGACAUGUUGCCUUUACCUGAUGGUCCAAAUGAUAAAGCUAAAGAGUUUUAUGAGUUAAUGAGGGAUGGGGAACAAAAACUUUAUCAAGGGUGUGUGAAGUACUCAAAGUUGUCUUUUCUAGUGAGACUUUAUCACAUUAAGUGCAUGUGUGGGAUGAGUGAUAAGGCCAUGACGAUGAUAAUAGAGUUGUUGCAUGAUGCCUUUGAGAAUGCAAAGAUCCCCAAGUCAUUCUAUGAGGCCAAGAAAACUAUUAAAAAACUUGGUCUUAGUUAUAAGAAAAUACAUGCAUGUCCAAAUAAUUGCAUGUUAUAUCGGGGAGAAGAUAAAGAAAGACAAGAAUGCAAGCGAUGUGGCAUAUCUAGAUGGAAGGUUAAUGCUAAGAAAAAAAUUUCCAGUGAUCUUGAAGCAAAUAAAAAGAAGACACUGCAACCUGCAAAAGUUCUUCGUUAUUUUCCUCUAAUUCCACGACUGCAAAGGUUGUUAAUGUCUAGUAAGACGUCUACUGAUAUGAGAUGGCAUAGUGUUGAUUGCCAUAAGGAUGGUUUAUUGAGGCAUCCAAGAGAUGCUGAAGCAUGGAAAAGUUUUGACUUCACAUUUCCUGAAUUUUCUCAAGAUCCACGUAAUGUCCGUCUUGCCUUAGCGAGUGAUGGGUUCAAUCCUUUUGGACAUAUGAGCGCUAAUCAUAGCAUUUGGCCACUGGUUCUCAUUCCAUACAACACCUCUCCCUGGGUAUGCAUGAAACAGUCUAACUUCAUUCUCUCAAUGAUAAUUCCAGGUAAGAGAAUGCCAGGGAAUGAUAUUGAUGUUUACUUACAACCUUUGAUUGAUGAAUUGAAGGAGUUGUGGGAUGGUGUUCAGACCUUUGAUGCUUUGUCAACUGAAACUUUCAAAAUGAGAGCAGCAUUGAUGUGGACAAUUAGUGAUUUUCCAGGAUAUGGUAUUUUGUCUGGGUGGAGCACGUAUGGUAAGUUUGCUUGUCCCACGUGUAAUAUCGAUACCAUACCCUGUCGACUUCAACAUAGUAUAAAAUGGUGCUUUAUGGGCCAUCAUCGGUUUCUAAAUGCUAGUCACAAGUUUAGAUUGGCCAAGGUCCAAUUUGAUGGUACGGUUGACAAACGAAAUCCGCUUGUACAGUUAUCAGGCUCAGACAUUUUAAGACAAGUUGAGAAUCUGCAUGUUUCCUUUGGAAAAACACCAAUAAUUGAAGUUAAUGGGAAAAAAAGAAGACGUGGGAAACAGAAUAUCCAAAGUGAUUAUCCACAGUGGAAAAAAAAAGUAUAUUCUUUGAACUUCCGUAUUGGGAGUUUAACUCAUUGCGUCACAAUCUUAAUGUAAUGCAUAUUGAGAAAAAUGUGUGUGACAAUGUGAUAAAUACUUUGCUCAAUGAAACUGGAAAGUCAAAAGAUCACGUUAAUGCUCGAAAAGACCUACAAUCAAUGGGCAUAAAAUCUGAUCUUUGGCCUGAUGAGCAUGGAGAUUAUCCCUCUGCUAUUUUUACUAUGACAAAUGAACAGAAAGACAUUUUUUUAAGGACUUUAAUGAAUGUGGUUGUUCCAGAUGGUUACUCAAGAACUAUCUCGAGAUGUGUUGAUGUGAAGCAACGAAGAUUAUUUGGGUUAAAAAGUCAUGAUUGCCACAUUCUUAUGCAGCAACUAUUGCCGAUAGCGUUGAGGAAUGCAUUACAUGGCUUAGUGUCUGCAGUUUUAGCUGAUCUUUCAUCAUUUUUUCGACAGUUAUGUUCUAAAGUGUUGAAUCCCAUGGACCUUGAUAACCUCCAGAAUCAAAUCAUUCUCACUUUGUGUCAUUUAGAAAUGAUAUUUCCUCCAUCUUUCUUUACUGUCAUGGUUCACUUAGUUGUUCAUUUAGUUGAUGAAGUGAGACGUGGUGGCCCGGUACAUUAUCGAUGGAUGUAUCCUAUUGAAAGGUUCUUGGGGCAUUUAAAGUCUUUUGUACGUAAUAUGGCGCAACCUGAAGGCUCAAUUGCUGAAGGUUAUUUGGCAGAUGAAAUUUUAACAUUCUGCUCAAGAUAUUUUGAAGAUGUUGAGACAAGAAUGAAUAGGCCGAGGCGUGUGGAUGAUAAACCUGAUGAUGUUGGAUAUCAUGAAAAGGAAACUAUGUUCCCAAAAAUUGGCAAAUCAGUAGCGGGUUCAUAUUUUAAGCUACCAUCAAUGCAGAAGCAACAAGCACAUCGUCAUGUGUUAAUUAAUUGUCCAGCAGUUG